UUGAAUUUUUUAGGCGCGAUAGUAACCUGAAUCUGGCGCGUAAUGCUGGCUGAGAAAUGGUGCGCACUACAAUCAAACACGCGUUGAGGAGCACGCUGGAGGAUCUGAGUAGAAAUGACUUCCUCACGUUUUGUCACCUUCUGAGAGACCGCAGAGAAGAGCCUCGGGUCCGCUACAGGGAUGUGGAGGGUAGAAGUUUAUUGCAGAUCACAGAUCUCCUGGUUUCAACCUUCACCGAGCCCAAAGCUCUUCAGGUGACUCUGGAAAUACUGAGGCAGAUAAACUGCAACGAGGAGGCAGAGACACUGUAUUCAAAAACCAAAGACUGUGUGGACAAAGGUGACCCUACCUUCCGUAAGACCUCGACCGGGAAGUUGGAGACGAAGCCCUCACAGGAGGCUCUGAACCACGUGGCUGGCCAGUGGUCUGCUGGACACGGAGGUCCUCCUGCUGGACACGGAGGUCCUCCUGUGACGGUGAAGAAGCCAGAGGAGGUGGAGGCUGAAGCGAAGGCCCGCGUUCUCUCGGAGGGAGGGGACCCUCGUAAUGAGAGACUCGUUCUGAGCAGAUGUACGAUUCAGUUUGGCCAGUACAAAGGUCAGACCUUCAAAUGGCUGUUGGAGAAUGAUGUGAGCUACAUUGGUUACUUGGUUGCUGGCCACCAGAAGCAGCGACAGGACACAAUGAGUCAGAGCCCGCUGAUGGCCAACAAGGAUUCCUUGACCAGAUACGCGAUUGCUUACCCUGAGGUUUUGAGAGAAGUUCGAUUUCAGCAUGCGUACGACAGAUCCCAGCAGUCAGACCAAAAAGGAAAGGCCCUUGUUGGCUUUGGUCGUCACCGAUCGGAGACGCUGCAGGACCUGUACAAUUCGAAGGACAAGGACAAAAUCAGCUAUGUCAACUUCCUCCGCAACAUGAAGUCAACCUGCGAGCCAGGGACCAAAAUGGACGUUGCUGUCAAAUACGUUUUGCAGUGUGACCAAGAACAGGCUGCAGCUGGCCAGCCAGCCGGUGACUCAAGGUCCGUGUUAAAUGACUACUACCUCUGCCCUUAUGGAGGAGCCCGAGAAGGAGCCCGAGAAGGAGCCCGAGAACGAGCUGGAGAAGGACAUAAUUAACGCUGUCCCGUUAGUGACCAACCCUCGUUCUCUUCGGACGUCAUGCACAGAUUCUUCUUUGGACAAAAAUAAUACAGGAACCAAAAGUUGUUUGUACAAGUAGUUUUUUACAGUCUAAAACAUUAAUUAAAAGUUAUUUUUCCUACAAGGGUCUAAGGACAGAGGGUGUCGUAUGCUGUAUAGAUUGUAAAGCACAUUGAGGCAAAAUUUGUGAUACUGGGCUGUAUAAAUAAAAUUGACUUGACUAAUACAUUACUUAUCAACAUUAAUAAAUCCCUUUUAUUACAUC